AUGGCACCCCUCGAAAACGGCCACACCAAUGGUUCCACAGAGACAAUGCCUCCUCCAAGCUCUAUGAAUACCCUGCGCUUUGCCGACAUUCCCGAUGCCAUCGAUAUUCCCGCCUCCAGCUUCGACAGCGAAGUCGAAGUCAGCCUCCUUGAUCUUCCCGAAGACCCUACUGAGCUAUGCACGUUGUUGGAAAAUGAACGAGCAGCGAAGAACUUCUGGGUCAUCAUUGCGCUUGCCUACGCGAAGCGAAAGCAACUUGACCAUGCCCUCGACAUUCUCAAUAAAGGCCUGGCCUCCGUGGCUCACGGAGCAACCAAAGAAAAGCUCGGGCUUCUGGGCUGGGUCUGCUGGCUUCUGAUGCUCAAGAGCCGGCAGGCACCUCGUGUUGCACCGGAGGGAGAGCUCUACUCGCAGGCAAAAACUAAGGACCACUAUCUGCAAUUGGCAACAUCGACCCUGAACGAGGCAUCACGUUUGAACCCGGCAUACCCACCUUUGUUCCUCGCUCGCGGUGUCCUGUGUCUUCUCCGUGCAUCUUUGUAUCCCCCUCGUGCUGUCCGACCCGGUGCAAUCGAUACCUCCGAGAGAGUGGAAGCCCUGCGUCAGGCGCUGAAAUGCUUCGACGAGUCAUCCAAAGCCUUCGGUGGCCGCAACAUCAUGGCCAUUUUGGGACGUGCCCGGGCACACUACAUGCUAGGAAGAUAUGCCGAAGCCCUAGAUGGGUACCAGAAGGUUCUCAUGAAGGUGCCAAACCUCACAGACCCGGAUCCUCGCAUCGGUUUGGGAUGCUGUUUAUGGCAGCUAGGAUUCAAGGAUCAAGCCAAGGUGGCUUGGGAGAGAUCAUUGGCUCUGAACCCCGAAUCCAAGGUCGCAAAUAUCCUGCUUGCAGUGUAUCACCUUUACGACAGCUCUCGCCGGUCCACCACCGACCCCAUGUUCGGUUCCUUGUACAAGAUCGCCAUGACCCAGUACACCCAAAAAGCAUUCAAGCUUGACAAAGAAUACCCUAUGACCUGCGCUUUGUUCGGCAGUUACUUCCUUCUGCGCAAACAAUACCCGACGGUGGAAACUCUUGCUCGCAAGGCCAUCGAGCAGACUGAUGUCAUGCCAAUUGCCAGUGACGGCUGGUAUCUCCUCGGACGCAAAGCUCACUAUGAAAACGACAACGCACGAGCCACCGAAUACUAUAACCGUUCUGAUCAGGCCCGCGGUGGUGGUGAUAAGGGCUACUUGCCAGCCAAGUUCGGUGCAGUGCAGAUGCAGGUCACGAACAAGGACUUUGAUGGCGCUAAGUUCCGCCUGGAGAAGAUUGUUCAGCAGUCUAAAAAUGUUGAGGCCAUGACACUUUUGGCAGCGAUCCAUGCGGAAGAGGUGUUUGCUGUUCAAAAGUCUGGCGGCAAGGAGGACAAGUCAAACGAGAUCAAGCGGGCAAUCACUCUCUUGGAGUCUGUGCGAUCGAUGUGGAAGGAUGAGAAGCUAAACCUGACUCCCGACGAAUCGGUUCUGGUCUACCUUUCUCGACUGUAUGAGGGCACCUCCCCCGAAAAGAGCAUGCAGUGUCUUGUUCAGCUGGAGCAACUUCAGAUUGCCAGUAUUCCGGAUAGUGCUCGUCCAGAAGGAAUUGAAGACGCUGAAGAUAUGAAGAAUGCUCUCCGCGACAUGCUUCCCCCACAGCUGCUCAACAACAUGGGUGCCUUUUUGUAUCAAAAUGAGAAGAUUGCAUUGGCCCGCGGCAUGUUCCAGUCGGCGCUCAAUGCCUGCGUCCAAUCACAGGAGAGAGAAGACAAGGCCGACAACGAUGCGCUUGUCACUACUAUCAGCUACAACUUGGGUCGCACUUACGAGGCGGCCGACAUGUGGGAUGAAGCCAAGAAGGUCUACGAGGGUCUUUUGGAGCGACACAGCGAUUACACAGAAGCCAGUGCUCGACUCACAUACAUCAGCUUGCGCCAGAGUCCCACUGAUGAAGGCCCCAAGAAGAUGGCUAAACUGUAUGAGGUCGAGUCUUCGAACCUGGAGGUUCGCGCGCUCUUCGGCUGGUAUCUCAGCAAAUCCAAGAAGCGGGUUGCCAACCUUGCCGAGGAUCAUGAGCAACGCCACUAUAAACACACUCUACAAUACCACGAUAAGCAUGACCGAUACGCUUUGACUGGUAUGGGUAAUGUGCAUCUUCUUUCAGCUCGUGACAUGCGUCGUGAUUCUGAGCAGGAGAAAGAGAAACGUCGGAAGGUGUAUCAGCGUGCCGUGGAGUUCUUUGACAAGGCCUUGCAGCUGGAUCCUAAGAACGCCUAUGCCGCUCAAGGUAUCGCCAUUGCUCUUGUCGAUGACAAGAAGGACCACAGCACCGCUGUGCAGAUUCUUACCAAAAUUCGGGAAACCCUGAAGGAUCCCAGUGUUUAUCUCAACCUGGGACAUGUCUACGCCGAGCUUCGUCAGUACUCACGGUCAAUUGAGAAUUACGAGAUCGCUCUAUCCAAGGAUCGCUCUCGUGACGUGCAGAUUCUUGCCUGUCUUGGUCGAGUCUGGUGGUUGAAGGGCAAGCAGGAGAUGAACCUUGUGGCUAUGAAGACGGCUCUUGACUACGCACAACGAGCAAAGGGUGUCUCCCCCGAUCAACUUCACUUGCAGUUCAAUGUGGCCUUUGUGCAGAACCAAAUUGCCUCGUUGGCUUACAGUCUCCAGGCCACCCAGAAGACCUUGCAGGACGUGCAGGAGGCAGCUGAGGGUCUUAAGGAGGCCAUCGAGACAUUUGAGCGCAUCUCCAAGGAGAAGAACCCGCCUUAUCCCAGUGCCGCUUUGGAGCAACGUGCAAACAUGGGUCGCACUAUUAGCAAGCAGCUCGACCGUGCCAUGCAGAGCCAGAAAGAGUACGAGGAGAAGAAUGCCGCGAAACUUCAGCAAGCUCGCGAGGCCCGUGAAGCCGCAGCCAAGGAGCGCGAGGAGGCACUCCGAAAGGCCCAGGAGAUUGAAGCUGAGCGGAAGCGCAAGAUUGCUGAAGAGCGCCUGAGCAUGGUUGAGCAGGCUGAGCGACAAGCUCUCCAGCGUGCGGAAGCUGAACGCGCCCGCGAGCAGGCUGAGCUGACUGAUGAUUCGGCGACCGGCGAGAAGGUCAAGCGCAAGAAGAAGCCCACCACGAAACGCAAGAAGAAGGGAGGUGAUGACUUCAUUGCUGCCGAGGAUGAGAAUGAUCAGGAGCACAGUGGCGCUGAGCCCGAGAGCGAGGGCGAGAAUGCCGCCCCUAAGAAGCGCCGUCGGUUGGAACGCCGGUCUGGUGCGAAGGCCCAGAGCAGCAAGGCCUCGAGCAAGUUCAAGAGCAAUGAGAGAGUGGAAGACUCGGACGAUGAUGAAGAAGGAGAGGCUCCGGCUACUCCUGGUGAGGAAAAGGAAGAUCAAGAUCUCUUCGGUGAUGAUGACGAGCCAAUGCAGGAUGAGGAGGUCGCAGCACCCCGUCGCCGCGACCGAGUCUCUCGCCGCAUCGCCGAUGACGAUGAUGAGGAGGAGGAGGAGGAGGAGGCAGCGGCGCCAGCGCAGACGGUCGAGGCAGAUGACGAUAACGAGGAGCUCUUCGGUGAUGUGGAUUUGCCCAAGCCGACCGAAGAUGAAGAGAUGGAGGACUGA